ACACUCUACGAUUGGUUGUUCAAGUCCUGAGGAUUAGACAUUUGCUUUCCUAUAAUCAUUCAUCCUCGUACGAGUUUUUUCACAUUCGAAACAGCAUAAAAGCUGGGCAGGUUCAGUCCCAAGAAAAAACCAAGCCAACAAGCUCUAUCGCAGUCACACGAGAUGAAGCUCCUCGCGUCUACAGUCCUUGCUGUUCUCCUUGCUCUCCCAGCGUUUUCAGACACUAUACCGAUCACACUCGACAUUGUGAAUGCUGAUGGCGCACCUGAUGGCUUUAACAGAAGCAUGGUGACCGCGAACGGGACAUAUCCUGGUCCCCUCAUCACCGCGACAAAAGGUGACACUCUCGUCGUCACGGUUAACAACCUGCUAGAUGACCCGACUAUGCGUCGUAGUACUUCCCUUGACUUUGAUGGUCUCUUUGUGAAUACACCAGACUCCUUUAACGAGGGUAGCUCCUUUGUGACGACUUGCCCCGUCGCACCUAAUGCGAGCUACACUUACACAAUUCCUCUUGUGGACGGCCAGGCCGGUACAUUCUGGUACCACAGUCAGUUGAGCGUGCAAUACGUCGACGGACUUCGUGGAGCUCUUGUUGUAUACGAUCCUGAAGACCCCCUCAAAGAUCUCUACGACGUCGACGACGAAACUACCAUCUGGCAAGUCGGAGAUUGGUGGCACAACACCACUCUUCCCUUGCUCGCAGGUUAUGUAGCAACUGGAAUUGUCCCAGUUUCUGACAGUGGUACCUUCAACGGUGUGGGCAGGUUCAACGGUGGACCCGAAGUACCGUUCUUCGUCGUCAACGUUGUUCAGGGCACUCGAUACCGAUUCCGAAUCAUUAACACCUCCGCGAGAAACGUAUUUACAAUGUCGAUCGAUAGCCAUAACAUGACUAUCAUCGAAACCGACGGCACGCCCACAUCCCCAAUGACUGUUAACUCGAUAGAUAUGCUUGCUGGUCAACGUCAUUCUGUUGUCGUCGAGGCUAACCAGCCCGUUGCCAAUUACUGGAUCAACGCCCCCUAUGUUGGUGGAGACCCAACUAGGAAUCUGAAUCAAAAUGCCACUCUUUCGCGGGCUAUCCUUCGCUACCAAGGUGCUCCAGAAGAGGAUCCAAGUUCCCCGAUGUCCCUUGGACCGGCUGGCGCUGAGUUGAACGCUCUCGUUGAAGCAAAUCUCCGUCCGUUGGUAGCUUCACCCGCUCCCGAGGCCGACAUCAACAUUACUCUCAACCUUGUUGUGACUGCGGGAAAAGCUCAAUGGAACGUCAACAACGUCAGCUACCUUCCCCCCGACGUUCCGACCCUCGUCAAAAUCCUCGACGGUGCCAACAGCACAGAAGAUUUCAAUGUCACUGAAAACACCUUUGUCCUUCCCGCUAACAAAAUUGUGCAAGUCAUCUUCCCUCCUAGUGUCGACGAUGAGGCACAUCCUUUCCACUUGCAUGGCAACAACUUCUGGUUGAUCAAGUCAAAUAGUUCUGAUGAAAUCAACACUGAGAAUCCCAUAAAGCGUGACGUCGCCGGGGUCGGUUCGACAGGAACUAUCAUGCGAUUCUCUACUGCCAACCCAGGUCCCUGGUUUUUCCAUUGCCACAUCUUCUGGCACUUCCAAGCUGGUCUCGCUACUGUGAUGGCUUCAGGUUUGGAUGAAACUCGGGAAACGGUCAAGCCGACACAGGCUUGGACUGACCUAUGCCCUGCAUACGAUGCUCUUCCAGCUGAUCUACAGUGACAGCCUGCAUAAAGUAGAGAGUCUGAAGAGUUUUUUACAAUUUUUAACUUAUAUUAGCACUGUAUAUCUGUCAGUGUACUCUCCCUCCUUCUGUUUCUAUUUACCUGCACGAAUCAAACAUACGUACGAGAACGGGUUUU